UAUUGGGGGGGGACAAAUCAUAUUUUUCCCAGGAUGGGGGGGUCGUGUCCCCCCCCGUCCCCCCCGGGAUUUCCGCCCCUGGUAGUACCUGACUGUACAUCUAAAAAGACAAACACGCAGACUGCUCACUUUUCCUGCCCUAUGGUCAAGCUUGAGUCAAUCAUUACACAGAGGGUACACAUUCAACUUGAGUUGAGCUCUGUCCCGAUUUUGCCACACUGCCUUAGUGCUGAUCCCGACUCUGCAAUACACAGCUCUCACACGGAGCACAGAGGAAAUCCAGAGGUUCACCAUACCCGGUGUACAGGUGCUCCCUGCAAGGACAGCCUGAUGGCUUGUGUUGUGUCCCUGUAUCGUCCUUUAUCUUUACUGGCCCCAGUGGGGGUGAGGCGAGCCAUAGUUUACAGAAUGUCACUGGACAUGCGAGCACGGGAGGUGUUUGCUACGGCUAUCGAAGCUGUGCAACCAGACAUUGUGGUGCGGCGGGGUCUGGAGCGUACAGGAGACACUCUCCUAGUGAAUGGACGCAGCUUCACGCUAAAAAACAACCUUCACCUGGUAGGUUUUGGCAAAGCUGUGCUGGGCAUGGCUGCCGAGGCAGAGAGGAUUGUGGGGGACCACUUGGUGAGAGGAGUGAUCAGUGUGCCACACGGCAUUCAGGAGACAAUACGGCAGCAUGGGAAAGACCAGAUGUUGUUGAAGGAUGGAAGUCACAUCACAGUGAUGGAGGGAGCUAAACACAACCUGCCAGAUGCUGAUGCCCAGAGGGCAGCCGAAUGUAUUAAGGAGCUGGUCAGCACACUAACAGAGAAUGACAUGUUGCUUGUACUCAUCUCAGGAGGAGGGUCUGCACUCUUGCCUGCACCAGUCCCACCAAUCUCUCUUCAAGAGAAACAGGAUGUUACACGCAGACUGGCUGGUGCUGGUGCCACUAUUCAGGAGCUUAACUCUGUACGCCGUGCCCUGUCGAUUUUGAAAGGAGGAGGACUUGCACACUGCGCUCACCCUGCUCAGGUGGUGGCCCUGGUUCUGUCUGACGUAAUUGGAGAUCCCCUGGACUUGAUAGCCAGUGGCCCCACAGUGUGGACAGAGGUGUGGCCUGAGGAGAUUUGGUCGGUCCUUGAACGUUACGGGCUGUCCUCCUCUCUCCCUGUCUCAGUGAAAGAGGUGCUUGGACGCUCAGCACCCCGAUGGGAGAAGUCUGGAGAGCAGUCAGACAGGGCGGCACAUGUUCUCAAUGCUGUGAUUGGCUCCAAUAGCAUUGCUCUGGAAUGCGCAGGGAGACGUGCGCGGGAGCUCGGAUUCCGUCCAGUUGUGCUGUCGCCAGGGGUGUGCGGGGACGUACAGUCUGUCUCCCGCCUUUAUGGUCUACUGGCUCGCUUUGCCUGCUCCCGUGACGAGCCCCCUCCUGAGUUGCCUGCUGAGAUUCUGAAGCUGGGGCCCGAGACAGGCGUGGAAAGCUGGGACUUGUGCCGUGCCAUGCAGGUGCUUGGUGAGGGGCGUGGGGAGGGCUGGGGAGCCACCUGUCUGCUGGCUGGGGGAGAGCCCACUGUGCAGUUGACAGGCAAGGGGCGUGGUGGGCGGAACCAGGAGCUGGCCCUGAGAGUAGGGCUUGAGCUGGAAGGCAUGGAGCUCCCUCCAAAGGGUCCCCUGUUCCUGAGUGGUGGGACCGAUGGUCAGGACGGGCCAACUGAGGCAGCAGGGGCAGUCACAGACGCGGGGCUUGGCAAAGAAGCACGAGCACAGGGGCUCGACCCUGAUGGCUUCCUCGUCAACAAUGAUUCCUUCACCUUCUUUUCACGCCUGUCUGGUGGGCAGCGGCUGCUCCUACCAGGGUUAACGGGUACCAAUGUGAUGGAUGUGCACAUGCUGCUCAUCCCACCAAUUCCCAUAGUCGUGUCUGGUCGUUGAUGAAGACAAGGGCAUGAAAGCUGUCAAUUACACAUUUCAGUAUGAAUCCAUACAGAGCAGACAGUAUAUUCAGAGAGCAGCUUUUCAAAGCUGACCAUACCCAUGAUAUUCUUUCCAGCAAGCCCUUUUGGAGAUCCAUGUUUAAUUUAAAAAGCAGCAGUCAGUUAUGUCUAUGAUAAGAAUAAAUACAGUAAAUAGUUUA